GCCACAAGCCAAGCCUCCCAUAGACGGUGGCGCCAGAUUUCCGUCUAGAUGUAGUGAGUAACCAGUAACCAUAGAACGAGUGUGAGUAACUCGAUGUUUUUUGAUACCGGAUUUAGUGUGUGCUGCUGGUUGUUUCUGCCAUUUCCGAGACCGGUGUUCCCUACCUCGUAUGCAAAAUGACAAACACCUUUUUGCCAUGCUUGGUGUCCGCAUCCAGCGCACCUGGGCCACUAGUAUCCAUGAAACCGCAACCGUCAGUCGUCUUGACCCAUCUGCGCAACCCCGGGCACUUUCUCUGGUAAUGGCACCGACAAAGUCAACAUCGAAGCAUGGCUUGGCAUAUACGAAUGCGUCGCUGCACACAACCGAUGAGGCCCGACAUUGAUACUCACAAGGCCUGGUCAUCUGUCAGCAUGCAUUGAAGCAUUCCAGCUGUCCAGCAAAUGCAGAUGGUGCAGUUACAUGAAGGAUACCGCCACCGCUGUAACUCCUGUGUCUUUGAGAUGGAUAAACUGUGAUCUGAAGUGCUCACCAGGAUCCAUGCCAGCCACCGUGUAUUUGAAUUCCAUUUGUGCCUUCGGAAGUUUUCACGAACGUUCAAGCUGAAGCAACACCUGCACACUCACAAAGCCAAAAGGCCAUUUCAGUGCCCUUCAUGCCCUCGGAGCUUUUCACAUAAAGUUAACCUAAAGCAACACCUGUGCAUCCACAAAAGUGAAAUGCCACAUCAUUGUCAUUUAUGCCCUCAGAGCUUCUCACGAACGAGUGCUCUCAAAGAUCACCUGCGCAUCCACACAGGUGAGAGGCCAUUUCAGUGCCCUUCGUGCCUUCAAAGCUUCUCACAAAAGAUUCAUCUGAACCAGCACCUGCGCACCCACACAGGCGAGAGGCCAUUUCAGUGCCCUUUGUGUCCUAUAAGCUUCUCACGAAAGGGUACUCUGAACCAGCACAUGCACACACACACAGGCGAGAGGCCAUUUCCAUGUCCUGUGUGCCCUCAAAGCUUCUCAACACAGAGUAAUCUGAGCUCACACCUGCUCACCCAUUCAGGCAAGAGGCCAUUUCAGUGCCCUGUGUGCCCUAAAAGUUUCUCACGAAAGCGUAAUCUGAACUCGCAUCUGCACAACCACACUGGCGAGAAGCCAUUUCAGUGCCCUUCAUGCCCUCAGAGCUUCUCACAGAAGGGUGAUCUGAACCGCCACCUGCGCACCCACACAGGCGAGAAGCCAUUUCAAUGCCCUUCAUGCCUUCGAAGCUUCUCACAGAAGGGUGAUCUGAACCGACACCUGCGCACCCACACAGGAGAAAAGCCAUUUCAGUGCCCGUUGUGCCCUCGGAGAUUAUCACAGAAGAGUGAGCUGAAACAGCACCUGUGCACGCACACAGGCGAGAAGCCAUUUCAAUGCCCUUCAUGCCUUCAGAGCUUCUCACAGAAGAGUACUCUGAACCAACACCUACGCCGCCACACAGGCGAGAAGCCAUUCCAGUGCCCUUCAUGUCCUCAGAGAUUCUCGUUUAAGAAUGUUCUGAGCCGACACCUACGCACCCACACAGGAGAGAAGCCAUUUAAGUGCCCUUUAUGCCCUCAGAAAUUAUCACAGAAGUGUCAUCUGAACCGGCAUCUGCGCACCCACACAGGCGUGAGGCCAUUUCAAUGCCCUUCGUGCCCUCAGAGAUUCUCGCAUAAGCAUGUUCUGAACCGACACCUGCACACCCAUACAAGAGAAGCCAUUUCAGUGCCCUUUAUGCCCCCAAGGCUUCCCACAAAAGUCGAUAUGGAAGGUUCACAUGGACUUACACUAGUGUGAGAGGCUGUUUAAGGGCCAUUCAUGUCCUGAGAACUUCUUGUGGAAGUCUGCAUUAAACCAACAGCCAUGCAUCUAUACAGGCAGGCAGCCAUUUUAGUGCUCAGCAAUCCUCAAAAGUCCUUAGUGAAGGAUCACGUAUGCAUCCACUCAGCGAGAGGCCAUGUCAGUGCUCUUCAUGUACUCGGAAGUACUCAUGGAAGUUCGCCCUGAACUUCACUUCCACUAAUGUGAGAGGCUGAUUCAGGGCCCUUCAUGUCCUGAAAACUUGUCGUGGAAGUCUGCACUAGACCGACACCUGCUCAUCCACACAAAUUCCGUGGUGAAGGAUCACCUGUGUAUCCACUCAGGGAGACUCCAUGUCAGUGCUCUUCAUGUCCUCGGAGUUACUUGCAGAAGUUCGCACUGAACUGACACAUGCACAAUCCACAUAAACGAGAGGUCGUUUCAGCCACUUAUACUGUCAAACCGUCGAACACCAAAGCCGCCUCAAUAGGCAUCUUGCCACCACAAGUGCACCUGACACAUGUGGUGCAGCAGUGCUGCGUUGUGUGCACUCCUCAUUGUUCCUUCUUGCUUUUCAUGUUUUCCUUAGCUUUUUUCAUGGAAUCACAGCGUAUGUGUACGCCUGUAGUUCUAUACUAGCAUGAAUCAUUGCAAGUCUUCACUUUUCAUUAUUUUGAUGUUUAAGCUCUUUGACUUGCAGACAAGCACUUCUUUCUGCAUUCAAGCAUUUAACUGCUCUUUACUAAAUUAGUUUGUGUGAAUUUGUUCCAGUGCACUAAAUAAAAUUUGGGAUUAGGUUUUGCUAAUUAUUGAUAUUUCAAUACUUGCACUAAUAUCAUGUAAUGUUUCAAUUCAUUCGCAUUUAUUGUGCUGAACAGUUCAAGAGAAUUUGAAUGGCUAUUUGCUAUUGCUAUGUAAUGCAGUUAAAACACCCUUAUCUCAGGAAUUGAAAUUAUGCAAUUAUGCGCUUUUUUGAUUCCUACUAUGAUUCAACUGGUUUCAGUGAUGCUAAAUGGACUGGUAUGAAAUUCUUUUGCUCAUAAAGAUCCGUGCAGACCUUUGAGAACCUUGAAAAUUGCUUCAUAAUAAACAUUGUUUUCAUGAA